GCCCCUGUUAUCUCUUUAUAAGCUGGACCUGGGACCCAGGACUAAUCACAGAGCUUCUCCAUCAAACAGACGUCUGGUUGCAAACCAAAGGGAGAUCAGCAGUAAGCAAGCUUCUGAACAUCAGCCUCUGCCAUUAUAAAAUAUCUACUCUCAGCAUGAUGUGGAAAAUCACAGUUCUUACAGUGUGUCUGCUGUUGGCUGGAGUUGAAGCACUGGACAGCCCUUCAUAUGGAGUGAAAUUAUGCGGCCGGGAGUUCAUCCGUGCUGUCAUCUUUACCUGCGGAGGCUCUCGAUGGAAACGCUCUUUGACCAACACAGAUGAAAUACUGGACCUAUUAAACUCAGAUGACAAUAACGCCGCAGAUAGCUCGCUGCUUCUUCCCGGUUCUUCGUUUUCCCAGCAUUCCACUGACUUUAAUACUCUGGCACAAGGUGAACAGGAAGGUGCUGUAUUCAGGAGGCCUGCGCGUUCUGCCAUUUCAGAAGAGGUGCUCGAAGCGUUGCGGACCGUUGACAGAAAAGGACGUGAUGUAGUGGUGGGACUCUCCAAUGCCUGCUGCAAGUGGGGAUGCAGCAAAGGAGAAAUCAGCUCCCUUUGCUAAGACAAAUCUACCUGGUGGCAUGUGUCUAUGUCUGAGUGUGUAUUCAUGUUUCCACCCUAAGCAUUCUAUAUUUUUCAAUCCCUGUGUGUAAGGCAUGCAAAUGUUUUUAUAUUACACUGAAAGCACAUAUCUCUCAGUUAUAGUGUAACACUAGGUUUGUAAUGCAAUAGUAGUUGUAAUGUCACAUGUUUUGUAUUUACUGUGUUUUAUUUUAAAUUGCAUUUUUAAUUACCAUGAUUAUUUGCAUUUAUCUUUAAUGAAUCUGUUUGUGCUGAAAUGUGACAUGGGGGUCCAAAUGUCUGGAAGUCUGGAAAUAAAAGUUUUGAC